UAACUGCCGAUUAAGGUCAGACUGCAGCACAGCAGACAGACAGGAAGACUAGUAAAUGCCAAACAUCAACCAUAUCACCAUCCUGCAAAUGGCCACAAGGGAUAUUUGUUCUCAUCACAGUCUUAAAACUGUUUCAUGAAUAUACAUAGAUAUGUAUGGAUUUUUUUUCUUCUCCUCUUUUACCAACACGAUGGAAAGGAUAGCGCUUAUAUCACACAAAUAGGACAGAUAUGUAAGUGUGUAUGAAAGCGUAGACUUGACUAGACCUGGAGCUGCAGGUCUGGUUCUCAGCCUCUCCUCUCUCUGGACCAGGUUCAGCUGAUCAGGCCAUCAAUAUCUGAGCCAAUCAAGUCUGAGAGUGAACAUGUGGGACUUCCUGCUGUUCAAAAUCUGAUGGGGAGAGGAUGACUGCCAAACACAGACAGCCAGUCGAGCCAUCACACAGGAACAUUCAAUGUUCAUUAUGUUGUUUGUUCGAUUGGAAUGUGUGAAAACUCAAAGUUUUCUCAGGAAGUAAAGCAUGGUGUUUAAUUGUGUCACUCACAGUGGAGGGAGCAGAGACUGUUGAUUGUUGCUGAAAAAGUGCCAAAGAACUGCACACAUGGAGAUUGAGUGCCAGCAGUGGACAGAGAGCCAAAUUGAUGAGGACAGUGACUCAGAGGAGAUCCUGUGUGGAAUCCAUGAGAGCUGUGCCACUGACCUGACCCGACACCCUCAGCUGGAUACUGACAUUGAAGCAGUCAGGAAUUUUUAUUCAGACUCUGCAGUCUCCAUCAGGGAGUAUUUGUCAAUUGAUGAUGUGGAUGUUGACUUAAAAAUAAAUGCCAACGUUUUGGAUGAGGAAGUGGCCAAGGCCUGGACGAUUAACCCAUCAGAGCCCAUCGUUAUCCGUCUGCACUUUUCUCCAUCUCAGUAUCUGGAUGGACCGGCACCUUCAGUCGAAGUCUUUCAACCAUCCAACACAGAUAAUUUCAGCCUUAGGAAACAACUACAGAAUAUUCUCAAUGUCUUCUUAUCUGGGGAGUGGAAACAUCUGACCAAUGAGAACAUCGUAGUCCGACAGAAGAGAAGACACAGCUGGUUCAGGCCAAGUGGAACCAUUAAGAAAUUUCGUGCAAGACUUAAGAUCUGGCUCCCACCAUCAAAGUCCAGUGAGCUCCAUGAACCUACUGUGAAAGGAAGGAUCAUUCUUCCAACGAUAAAACUGAACCGUUUCACGAAUCAUACGACUUCCUACACUAUCAGGAAUCCCACAGGAGAGCUCUUCGCCUACACACCCAGUGGAAAGAGAGUGAUGGUGUCAGCAGUCAAGUCAUCAGCACAGCUUAGUACCAAACAGCUGAUAGAGCUGCUUUUCUCCUCCCAGGCCAUCAGGCACUGUAAGACCACCCCAACUCUACAGCACGGUUUCUUGGUGCAGAUAAUGAGGUAUGCUGAGCAGAGACUCCCCACGCUGAAUGAAUACUGUGUUGUCUGUGAUGAGCGACAUGUGUUUCAAAAUGGCCCUAUGUUAAAGCCAGCAGUUUGCACCAGGGAGCUAUGUGUGUUUUCCUUUUAUACGUUGGGGGUUAUGUCUGGAGCUACAGAGGAGGUUGCCACUGGUGCCGAGGUAGUUGACCUGCUGGUUGCCAUGUGCAAAGCUGCCCUUCAGUCUUCACGCAAGAGCAUCAUAUUUGAACCAUACCCUUCUGUUGUUGAUCCGUGCAACCCCAAAACCCUUGCCUUUAAUCCUAAGAAAAAGAGCUAUGAUCGGCUGCAAAAAGCCCUGGACAGUGUCUUGUUAAUCAGGAGGAUGUCGCAGGGUCCAUAUUCUGAAAUAAAGAAGCAGAUGGACAAGAAAGACCCUCUCGCUCAUCCCUUACUACAAUGGAUUUUAGCAAGCAACAGAUCACACAUUGUCAAGCUUCCGCUCAACAGGCAACUUAAGUUCAUGCACACACCCCAUCAGUUCCUGUUGAUCAGCAGCCCUCCAUCCAAAGAGGCUCGUUUUCAAACUGCCAGGAAACUUCAUGGCAGCACCUUUGCCUUCCAUGGUUCACACAUCGAAAACUGGCACUCUAUUUUGAGAAAUGGGCUGAUUAAUGCCUCUUAUACAAAAUUACAGCUUCAUGGAGCUGCAUAUGGUAAAGGCAUCUAUCUGAGUCCUAUCUCAAGCAUAUCAUUUGGAUAUUCUGAGAUGGGCAAAGGGCGACACCAAAUGCCCACCAAAGAAGAACUCAUACAGAAAUACAACCAAAUAAACAAAAACAAACAGGUAGAUUACCAUUCACCAUGGAAAACACACAUUGACCAUCUGUGUAAUAAAUUGCAGCAGAGAUUAUACUUUUUAAGGCGACUGAGACUGUAUGGAGUAAGUAGCCAGAUCAUGCUUAUGUUCUACCGGGCGAUUCUGGAGAGCAUUAUUAGAUAUGGAAUUACAGCAUGGUUUGGCAACCUAACAGUGCAGCUAAAAAGCAGGCUGGUCAGCACACACAAGGCAGCUAUGAGGAUAAUAGGGAGGAAAGAGUACAAGCCCAUACAGAGCUUGUAUGAGCAAGUAGUCAGAAAACAAGCUGAAAGAAUCACCGCAGACUCUCUACAUCCUCUCUUCCCUGAAUAUGAACUUCUGCCAUCAGGCAGAAGAUUCCGUGUGCCAAGAUGUAAAACAAACAGACUAAAGUUAUCAUUUAUUCCAACUUCUGUUAAGCUGCUGAACUCCAAUAGUACAUUUUAGUCCAGCAGAGCAGGGGUGUAGUAAAUACCCCAGCUAUUUUAGCAUUUCGCACUUUAAUUAUUACAGUUAAUUCUCAGGAUGUUGUGCUUUCUGUGCUGUCAUGUGUGUCCUCUUUGUCUUUUGUGCUUUUGUGUCCUUGUGUCUCAGGACGCUGUGCUGAUCUCACUUUUAUGUUGAUUUUAUUUUAUUUCACUUUAUUUGACUGUAUUUAACUUGAGAAUGUU